UUAUCAGUUUGACAUUUUUCUCAAUAGUAACAUUGUAGUAUCUGACAAUGAAACUCUAUGAAAAUUAAGACAUAGAUAUUUAGCUAUUUCUCAGUUCUUCUUCAAUUCAUUCACAUCUACUUUUUGCUAUCGGACAUAUUUUAUUUAACUUCUGUGUUAAAGAAAUUAUAUCUUUUGAAAAUGGUAACAAUCAGCCGAGAAGCCCGACGUGCUCUGACUGAAGAACGUGGAGCUGAACUUGACAAAUGGUGGGCAAUUAAUUUUGUGCGAUAUAUGAAUUUCCAGGAUCACAUUUCCCCUACUCUUUCCGAUAUGCCCACAGAGAUCCUUGGUCAAGUAUUGGAAAAGCUAAAGCCAGUGGAUCAACUCACUCACCUCAAAAUUUGUAAAAGUCUGAGAGCUGCCGUUGUUCAAAAUGGAAUUAAUUUUGAUUCUAUCUCGUUUUGGGUAUGCAAUGGUCGAGUUGAAAUGCGGAUUGAUAAAAUGAAAAUCAUUUACACCAAUGCCGGGAAUUCGAUUGUGGCUCACAGAAGAAAGAGAGUAAUCAGAAGAGAUAACUUCAUGCAACUAGCUUUCAACGAUUUGAGAAUAUUACUGGGACGUGUCAGGAAAUUCGAAUUUGUUGUACAAACUCAACAAGACCUUAACGUUACCACAUAUUUUCUGAACAUCCUCAGAUCUAAGCAAUGCAUUCAUGUGAAGGAAUUAUCGAUUAUUUUUGUGUCACCCAAUGAUAUUAUAUCUACGCUGCCCUAUUUCGAUUCUCAAGAGUUGAAAAGUAUUGAAUUGUGGUGCCUUGAAACAAUCGAUGACUUUGAGCAGCUUACUCGGAUGGAUCAGUGGAAAAAAUCAAAAGAAUGUAAAGUUUUUGGUCAUUAUUUCAACAUUAUUCCAAUUCACUAUUUAUUCCACUUUGAAAACAUCGAGGCCACUGUCGAAUACUUCUCAGCACUAAAUGCCUUAAAUAUUAGAAAUAACCUUUUGGGAAGAAGUACAUUCCAACAAUGCAUCUUCUGGAUCUACGGUACCAUCUCAGUUGAAGUUGCAAGAGUGUUCAAACCCAAUUAUUCUGGUGGCGAUGAAUAUGAAUUCGAGUAUUUUAACAUGUAUAACAAGUUUCUGAUCAGUUGUGUCAAGGCUGAAUCUAUUGGUUUCAGUUGGAAAUUUAUUAUUAAGCAAUGUGUUGUGACGUCCGCUUGUACCAUUUGCUGAUUAUAUUCCAUUCGUUCUAUUAAAAAUAUUAAUUAAAUCAUUUUAGUAAUUU